AAUGAACCUCCACUGCAAGUCCAAACAGAUCAGUAGCAGAGAUGAAUUUCGUCACACCAUUCAGUAAUAAAAUAUGGAGCAGAGUUCCUUUGUUGCUGUUUCCUGCUUUCAUACGAACACAGAGAACGGAUCAGGACAGCAGGACAGAGCUAACCACAGUGAUCCAGCCAUGGAUCAUAGCAACCUAAGUGAUGAUUCAUUAAGACUCUCCUCCAUCAUCUUCGCCUGCCUGUACAUACUGAUCUUUGUGGCUGGCCUGUUCCUGAACUCCAUGGCUGUGUGGGUGUUCUUCCAGAUCCGUAUGCAGAAGCGAACCUUCAUGUUAUACCUACGCAACAUGGCUGUGGCUGACCUCCUCAUGACCCUUACGCUACCAAUCGACGUGCUCAACGAGGCCAAAUUGGCACCUUCGAGUCUUAAAGCCGUGUCAUGCAAAUACACAGCAGUGCUCUUUUACUGCUGCAUGUACACCAGCAUCCUCUUCCUCGGAUUGGUGGCUCUGGAUCGCUACUUAAAGAUCGUGAGGCCGUUCGGUGGAAUGUGUGGCGCUUGUCUUUACAGUUACUCAUUCACCGUAGCCAUGGCUGUUAUGGUGUGGUUCACAAUGAUAGGUCUUUCACUUCCCAAUGCGAUACUGCACAAUCAGACUAAAGUAGAUAUAAUGGAUAAUUGUGCAGAUCUAAAAAGUGAUCUAGGUAAAAAAUGGCACACAGUGGUAGUCUACAUCAACAUACUGAUCUUCUGCCUAGUUCUGAUCACUCUGCUUACCUGCUACAUAUCCAUCUAUAGACACAUCCAUCGAUCCUCUGCCCAGUUUGUCAUAGUCGGAGAGACAACGCCACGUAAGACCAAAAAAGGCCAGAACAUUCUAGUCUUGCUGGUUGUGUUUUUUAUCUGCUUCGUUCCGUACCACCUUUGUAGGAUCCAAUUCACUGAAAGCCAGACUAACGGAGAGCAGAUGAAGGAUACCUUGAAGACUGGGAAAAAGGCAACGCUUUUGUUGGCUAUGUUCAAUGUCUGUCUGGACCCAAUCAUUUACUUCCUCAUGUCCAAGUCUUUUCGAAGUAAGCUCUCUCAAACCCUGGGAAUCUGGACACUCAGUGACAAAAUGUCCAUAUACUCUCCUGCAUCUACAAAGAAAACAACAGUAGUCAUGCUCUUUAAGGAAAGCCAAUCUUCUUGAGGUGUUCUGUCGACAGAAGGUUUAUACAUAACUUAUACAUAGAAAGCUGAUCAAUAUCAAUUGUCUACACAUACUCAGCAGAUAUUUUACUGCUCAGUCUCGAACCUGGGCAGAUAAGACUGAUGUUUUUCAAAUCAUUAAUUUAUCUAGCUUGUUUAACCUGUAGCCUCAGAUUACUGUUCUUGAGGUGCAACAAGAUGUGGUGGUCUUUUACUAAAAUUUCAGCAUUCUGCUCACCAUCGUUGUAGAGUGGUUAUUAGACUCACUGUAGCCUUCCUGUCUUCUCAAACCAGUCUGGCCAUUCUCAAAUAUUCUUUUGCACCAUUAUGUGGAUACGCUAGACUCACUUUGAUCACAUUUGUUUUCCUCAUCUUUAUGAUUGAUCCGUAUCCAUAUGACUUUCUGCAUUACGCAGCUGCCACUUGAAUGGCAAUUAUCCCAAAUGGGUCCCUAACCCAAAUGGGUCCCACCCCUUAUAUUGAUAGCUCCGCCCACACAUACAUAUGCAACCCAGGCAACUAAUGGAAAGAAAUAUGUUUUUAUCAUAGCUGAAGGGAAGAACAAUACGAUUGCAGAUAAACAAACAAGCAAAAAUGACACUCCAGCACUAGAAAGCUGAUCCUAUAUUUCCUACCGUAAACCUUUCUUCGCUUUUUGUUUUUAUCCACCAUGUCAAUGUUUCAAUCGCAUUUGGCUGAUGUCAGACAUGCACACUGAACAUUCUCUAAGCCGCAUAUUGACAAGACACGCCCCUUUCUACUCAUUGGUUACACGUUUGUUUUGUUUUUCGGCCGACUCAGUUUUCUGAAGCACUUCUCAAACAUCGUACAUCCCACCUUUAAGAUAAUUGGAUAAAUGUGCAGAUGGACAUAUUGGUGUGGACAGUAAGGGCAAAACUGUAUAUAUACCUGUUAUAAAUACCUGCUGUUUAAUUAUAUCACUGUGUGUAUUGGAUUUUUUAUAUUAAAAAUAACAAAGAAUCUAA